AUGUUGCCGCAGCGCCUCGUCGCCCGGCUCAGUCUGCUUGCACCCACGAUCCGGCAGCUCAUGGAAACGCCGCCCGAGCCCCACACCAAGGCCACCGCGCGCGGCCACAUCAAGGCGCUCCGCACGUUCAAAAACGUCGGGUUCAUGGACCUCUCGGACGGGUCCGGCCACGGCACUUUGAGCGUGAUUGUCAGCGACCCCGGCGCCGUGUUUGCCGCCCACCAGUACAAGGUGGGCCAGAGCGUGGAGGUCACGGGCCGGUGGGCGCCGUCGCGCGGGCGGCAGCCGUUCGAGCUCGCGUGCGACACGCAAGACCCGGCGCACGGCAUUGCCGUUUUGGGCGACGUGGCGCCCGACUACCCGAUCCAGAAGAAGCGCCACACGCUUGCGUUCCUCCGCUCGGCGCCGACGCUCCGCCACCGCACGGCGCUCCUCUCGUCCGUGUUGCGCAUGCGCGCGCGAGCCGAGGCCGCCGUGGCCGCGUUCUUCCUGCUGCACGACGUGGUCAAGGUCGCGCCGCCGCUCAUCACCGCGUCCGACUGCGAGGGCGCGGGCGAGCAGUUCCAGGUGCGGCCGCUCGGCGAGAGCACGGCCGACGGCGGUGGCGGCGGCGGCUUUUUCGGCACCGCCGCGUACUUGACCGUGUCCACGCAGCUCCACCUCGAGGUGCUUGCGCUCUCGUUGAACCGCGUGUGGACGCUCACGCCGUGCUUCCGCGCGGAGACGUCCAACACGCCGCGCCACUUGAGCGAGUUCUGGAUGCUCGAGGCCGAGCUCUGCUACGUGACCAGCGUGGGCCAGUUGACCGCGUUCGUGGAGCAGAUGGUGCGCCACGUGGUGGCCCACUUGGCGGCCGGCGGCGAGUGGGCGGCCGGCGCGCAGCACGACUUGCUUGCGGCCCGCCACUCGCGCGACGACGUGGCGCGCAUCCGGGCCGCGUGGGCCCAGGUGCUGCUGCCGGCGCCCUGGCCGUCCGUCACGUACUCCGAGGCGCUCGAGACCUUGAACGCGCUCAAGUACAAGGGCCGGCUGCAGGGCCGGCUCGCGUGGGGCGCGCCGCUCCUGACCGAGGACGAGAAGUGGCUCGCGGGCUGCCACUACCAGCUGCCGGUGUUCGUCACCGACUACCCCAAGGCGCAGAAACCGUUCUACAUGCGCGCCAGCGGCGACGCGGCGCGGCCCACCGUGGCCUGCUUCGACCUCCUCGUGCCGGAACUCGGUGAGUUGGUGGGCGGCUCCUUGCGGGAGCACGACCUCGCCACGCUCGAGGCCGAGAUGGCCAGCCGCGGCAUGCUGCGCGACGCCAUGCGCUGGUACUUGAGCACGCGCGAGAACGGCUCCGUGCCGCACGGCGGCUUCGGCAUGGGCUUCGAGCGGCUCCUCGCGUACUUGGCUGCCGUGGACAACAUCAGGGACAUCAGCGCGUUUCCACGGGCGCCCAACGUGUGCGCGUGCUAG